AUGGAAACCAUGAACCAGGGGCAGCAGCAGCAGCAGGAGCGUCCUUACAGGAUUGUUACCUAUGCAGCGGUCGGCUUCGCCCUACUUGCCCUUGCAACAAUCUGUCUGACCAUGCCGAUCGUCUACCGCUUUGUUGAUCAGAUCCAUGAACAGACCAAAAAAGAUCUGGAAUUUUGCAAAACUUCAGCUAACGAUAUGCUUCUGGAAAUACUGGCCAAGCAACGCCAAGCAGCAAACAACAGGACGAAGCGGCAAACUGACGGUUGUGGUGGCUGCUGCCGACCUGGGUAUCCCGGGCGACCUGGACCACCCGGAGAAAACGGAAGGCCAGGACCGACCGGAGCAGUGGGACGACCAGGAAGACCAGGAAAACCACCAGUGAUUUGCGAGGAAGUUGCUUUUCCACCGUGUAAUCCAUGCCCACCAGGAAAACCAGGACCCCCUGGACUUGGUGGCGCGCCUGGUCGACCGGGAAGACCAGGGCCACCAGGCAGACCAGGGAACGAUGGUAGUGCUGGACCGCAAGGACCGAUGGGACCACCUGGCCCACCCGGAAAACCAGGAGAUGAUGGCGAACAAGGUAUCCCGGGAAGGCCGGCGUCGUCUACACCUGCAGUUCCAGGAGAUCCAGGUCAGCCGGGAGAAACAGGAGCACCCGGCCCACCCGGACCAGAUGGGCGUCCAGGAUCAGAUGGGAGACCGGGAAGCCAAGGACUAAACGGACCUCCUGGACCAGUUGGGCCACCAGGAAACCCAGGCCGAAUUGGCGAACCGGGCGCACCUGGUGAACGCGGUCGAGGAGGUGAACGAGGUGUCUGUCCAAAAUAUUGCUCAACUGAUGGUGGUGUGUUUUUCGAAGAUGGAUCACACGGUACUUUGAGUGGUUGA